CAUGGCCUCGCCGCGCAGACGCAACGGGAUCACAGCAGCAGAACACUUGGAACAGAGAGAGAGAGAAAGAGAGAGGCCGAGGAGAGAAACAGUGUGGGGGGUGACGAUGUCCGGCAGCGUCGUCAGCGGGGGCGCCAAUGGGAAGAGCCAGCAGGGCUCCAGGGGCAAGGCCAUGCUGCUUGCCCUGGGCAAGGGCCUCCCUGGCCAAGUUCUGCCGCAGGAGAAGGUUGUGGAGAGCUACCUCCAGGACAGCACCUGCGACGACCCCGCCACCAGAGCCAAGCUCGAACGACUUUGCAAAACGACUACAGUGAGGACAAGGUACACUGUCAUGACCAAGGAGCUCCUGGAUGAGCACCCAGAGCUGAAGACGGAGGGCAUCCCAACACUGACGCCACGCCUUGACAUCUGCAACUCUGCGGUGAUCGACCUUGGUGCUGCCGCAGCUCGUGCCGCCCUUGACGACUGGGGCCGCCCUGCAGCCGACAUCACCCACCUCGUCUAUAUCUCAUCCAGUGAGCUUCGUCUCCCAGGGGGCGACCUUCACCUGGCUGCCCGCCUUGGCCUCAGCCCAAACACCGUGCGCACUUCCCUCCUCUUUCUUGGCUGCUCCGGUGGCGCUGCUGCCCUCCGCACAGCCAAGGACAUUGCCGAGAACAACCCAGGGAGCCGUGUCCUAGUAACAGCUGCUGAGACCACUGUGCUAGGCUUCAGGCCACCAAGUUAUGACCGUCCUUACGACCUUGUUGGUGCUGCCCUGUUUGGUGAUGGUGCAUCAGCUGUGAUUGUUGGGGCAGGACCCAUGACACCAGCAGAGAAUCCCUUCUUGGAGCUUGAGUUCUCGACGCAGGAGUUCCUACCUGGGACCGACAAGGUGAUCGAUGGCAAGAUCUCAGAGGAAGGAAUUAAUUUCAAGCUAGGGCGUGAUUUGCCUGAGAAGAUUGAAAGUCGGAUAGAAGGGUUCUGCAGGAAUCUCAUGGACCAGGUCGGGAUAAAGGAUUUCAAUGAUGUAUUUUGGGCUGUGCAUCCUGGUGGACCAGCAAUUUUGAACAGGCUUGAGUUCUGCCUUGAACUUCAGCCGGAGAAGCUCAAGAUUAGUAGAAAGGCCUUGAUGAACUAUGGAAAUGUGAGUAGCAACACAAUCUUUUAUGUGUUGGAGUAUUUGAGGGAUGAAUUGAAGAAAGGGGCAAUAAGUGAAGAGUGGGGGUUGAUCUUGGCCUUUGGCCCAGGCAUCACCUUCGAAGGAUUGCUAGUUCGAGGUGUUAACUGAAACUGAAAUACCUCCAAGAAGACCUUCACACGCUAGCAUAAGGGAGGACCAUAGGGAAGAUUUACAAGGCACACAUAAAUACUAAGUAUAUAUAUACAGAGACAUCUCAUAAAGAGCAUAGAUGUCUGGGUGGCAGCUGUGCACUACAUAGUACAUUGCUAAUGUUUUACUGUAUUUAUGUGUUUACCUAUGAAACAAUGUAAGGUACUUGAGUUUGCUUCUAAGACACUUGUAGAAAUAAGGCACUAUACAUCAUGUUGUUCCA